AUGACGCCUGACAUUAUUGUAAAUCCAACAGAAAAAUCUUUGAUUAAUGAUUAUGAACAUUCAAAAUAUAAACGUUAUGGAUGGAGAAAUUUUCGACUUGAUGGAAUUUUAAGUCAACCAUUAUUUGCUUAUAUUAUAUUAUGUAUUUGUAAUUUUGUUCAAAAUUUCAGUGUUAAUGGCGCAAAUAAUGCUGUUAUAUCAACACUUGAACGUGUAUUCUUUUUGAAUAGUGUUCAAUCGGGUCUUUUCUUAUCAUUACAUGAUUUAGCAACGGUAUUUUCAUCACCAUUUGUCGGCUAUUUAGGUAGUCGAUAUUCAUCACCAAUAUUUUUUUCAUUAAAUAUGAUUAUUGUUGGAUUUGGAAAUAUGGUUAUUGCUUCAAGCAAUUUUGUUUAUCGUGAUUCAUCAAUGAAUUUUAAUUCUGAUCUCCCUCAAAUCUUAUCAACAUAUAAUAAUGUUCUUUUUCAAUGUUAUAAAGAUCCAUUUAAUCAAUUCAAUAUAACUGACGCCUCAUGUUUGAAAGAUAAUGUUUUAGGAAAUGCAGCGAAAAAUGCAAAACUUGUAUUAUAUCUUGGAAGUUUUAUUAGCGGUAUGGGCGGUGUAGCUUUACCGAUUGUAGGUAUUGCAUAUAUUGAACGUAUAUUUCCACGUGAAAAAGCGACUUAUUGUCAAGGAAUUUAUUUUGCUGUUGGCACAGUAGGUGGUGCCCUUGGCAUUGUAGCUACGGGUCGAUUUUUAUCAAUUUAUACAAAACUUACUAAUAGAAAACGACUUCCAUCUUGGUUAACACCUAGUAAUCCACUUUGGGUUGGAUGUUGGUGGUUACCUUUUUAUCUUUAUGGAGGAUUAUGUUUACUUCUUGGAUUAUUUAUAUCUGGUUUACCAAAUUAUGAAAAACCGGGUACAAAACAUUUGACUAGUACAUCUACUGAAAAUAAUCUUAAUGCAUCAAAUCUUUCUAUUAGUCGACAAGACAGCCAGACUACUAUUUCAAUUCUUAGUUCACGUCCACCAACACCUGCUGUAUUCAAACAUGGAUCUGAAUCAGUUACUAAUUUGAAAACUUCAUCUGAAAAUAUUUUACCUCCAUUGGAACCACCUUUCACUGAAUAUCGUUUAUCACAUCGAAAAUUAAGUCCACUGGAAAAAAAUUCAUUAGCUGUAAAUGAAAAAACGGAAGGUGUUAUUAAUCAUGCCUAUUCAACAGAAUCAAUGCCUAAUCAAUUACCAACUACUGCUCCAACAUUUAAUGUCAUACCAACGCUUGAAGCUUUACCAAAAACAGUAUCUGAGAAUCUUCGAGAAAUGUGUGCUGUUAUACGUGAAUUAAUGAAAAAUACGCGAUAUGUUUUCAUUACGAUUGCCUUUUUAUCAGAAGGCAUUUUAAUAAGCGGAUUUGUACCAUUUAUUACAAAAUAUUUUCAAUAUCAACAUCAGUUAGAUACAUCAACAGCUACAUUAUUAACUGGUGCAAUUGCUUUACUGUCAAUUAUUUUUGGUUGUCCUAUUGGUGCCUAUUGUAUAAAUAAAUUUUCUUGGACACCAAUGAAAUGUGCACGUGUUUGUAGUAUAGUAUUUACAGGUUCAGCAUUUCUAUUUUUAUUUCUGACGCUCACAUGUCCAGAACUUAAAUUUGAAUAUACAGCUUGUUCUAAUCAGAAUACAGUUUGUUGUCAUAAUGUAUAUCAACCCGUUUGUCUUGAAAGUAAUCCUAAAGAAAUGUUCUUAUCACCAUGUCAUUUUGGUUGUACGAAUGAAACAGUUGCUAGCAACGGUAACACUUAUUAUUCAACAUGUAAUUGUGCAGCUGAUGAUUCCGUAACAGUAACUGAAUCUGCUUGUCGAUUUCGACGAAUACCUUGUUCUUCAAUAUUUGCUUUGGCAAUGGCAGGUGCUACAUUGGUUGUCUUUUUGACAGCAUUUAUUCAAGUACCAAUGUUACAAGUACUUUUAUAUAGUGUACCACUUCCUUAUCAUAGUAUGGCACUUGGUGUUCGUCAAACAAUUGUUAAAGUUUUCGGUCAAACUACUGGUCCAUUAUUAUUUGGUUUUGUUUUUGAUGAAUCAUGUUUAGUAUGGCUUGUCGAUUGUUAUAAACGACGAACAUGUACAGUAUAUGAUAAUCGUAAAAUGGGUAUAUCAAUGGCAUUAUCAGGCUUUUCAGCUCGUUUAAUAUCGGGUAUUUGUUGUAUUAUUGUUUUUACUAAUUGGAGAUUAAAACAUUCAAAUGAAAUUGUAAGACCUCCAAAUUCGACAAGAGUAGAUCCAAUGGUUCCAAUAAAUAAAAAUGAAGACAGUGAAAAAAAUUAA